AUGGGAAAUGCUGUUUUAUGUUAGGAACCAAAGAAAAAGCCGACAAGAGGUAAAUAAAGCGAUAGGGCUCCAAAAAAAGUUGAAAUAAGUGAAAGUGCUCCUUAAUCUCAAAGAGUGUAACAGCAACAAUAAGUGAAAACUCCAAAAACUUAAUAAGUUGAUAGUUAUAAUUGUCAAGUUCAUUCUGAUGAACCAAUAAAAGCUGUUUGUAUGUGUGAUGAUUGCUAACACAAUAAUAAAAUUUUAUGUGUAGAAUGCUUGAUAGAUUAUCCUUGUAGCAAGAAACUCCGAAUUUCAGAUUAUCUCAGACAUUUACGAAGCUGUUUAUCAAAGGAUGCAUAGGAGGCAUUUAUGGAAUUGUUCGAUGAGAAGAAUCAGGUUAAGUCUGAUUUGAAUAGGCAAAUUACGGCUGUGAUUGAGAUGGUGUUAACUAAAUUGUCAUCUAUUGGAUAACAAUAUGUUCCAAUUUUGAUUACCAAUUAUUAUUGGGCCUCUUAGAAACUACCAUUGAAAUUGAAAGAGUCUACGAUACAUUAGCUUGAGCUUAUUUUAGAGAAUAAGGCAAAUGAGGCUCAUUCAGAAACUCUAGAUUUUGCAAUCUAUUUAAUUCAGAACAAAGGAGUAGUGGAGACAAUGUGCGAAUAAAUAGAGAGGAAGAAAAAUAAAAUAACAGAAUUUUCAAAUGACUUUGUAUUUAAGUUUAAUUAAGUAGUAAACAAAUAUUUGACAGCAAUAGAAGUAAUUGAUUAACACUUAUUAUAGUUUUUAUUUCACCUAUUGACCACCCCCAUGGAGUAUCUAUUAGACGAGGAUUAGAAGCCCUAAUUAAUGAACAAGAGAGUCGCUCAAAAUAAGGAUUAAUCAAAUAUACAAAGCAGAAUUAAAUAGAAUGAAGAUAAAUCAAAUAUCACUUCUCCAAAGGAGUCUUAACAGUUAAAUAAUUAGUAAAACUAAUAAUAGCAACAGAAAAUAAACUUCAAGUGUUUGGCACAUAAUUAAGAAGUGUUAGCCAUUUGUGUGAAAAUAGAUUGUCAACAUAAGGAUAGAAAAAUGUGUGCAGAUUGUUUAAUAGACACAAAAUGUGUGGACAGAAUGAAGAUGAGUGAGUUUAGUGCUAGACUAAGUAGGAUUAUGAAUAAGGAGAUCAUUGAACAAUUGGCUAUUCCUUGGGAUGACUUAAGUAUCCACAAAGGGAUCGAAAAGCUAUUUAGUACAGCUGGAGAUAACAUUAAAAAUACAUUAACAGAAUAAAUUGUUACUGUUAAAGAUAUGUUCGUCAAAUAUCAUUUAAUAGAAGAUUCUACUCCUAAGGAGUUGAGAGGAUAGUUUACUAAGGAGUACUUUGAUCAAUUUAUACAUAUGAUGACUGUAUAGUAUAUUAUUUAAAUUACCUUUUUUAGAAAAAUAGCAUCAAAUAACCCUGCUGUCAUAUUAGGAAUCAAGUUCAUUAACAAUAAAUAGUUAAUAGACAACAUGUUGAGUGCCAUAGUCAAGACUGAACAAGUGUUACCUAAAAAGGCUGACAAAUUACAACACAAACUAGUCAGUGUUAGUUAAUUGUUUUUGGAGAAGAUCCAAAAUCUGAUGGAUCUUUAUAAAUAACAUGGUGAGAUAGAAGCCAUCUAAAAAUAAUAUCAACUGUUGAAUAAUGAGCCAUUUUGUUUAGAAGAAAGCAUAUAUAAAAUAAAAUAAGAUGGUAAGAGUUUGAGUGAAUGGGAACCCUUUCACUUUUUUAAACCAUCUGAUAAAAAUAUUAUUGAUGUGUGUUUUGUUAAUGAAAACCUAGCAGCCAUAGCAAUUAUUGAUGGAACUAUUAUCAUUUACAAUGUAAAUUUAAAAAAACCUACUCAAGUUUUAAAACAUGGGAUAUUUGUUUUUUCCUUGAGAGCCUUCUAAUUUAAUGGAUAAUCGGUAUUACUUUCUAGUGGAUAUUCUCCAUAAACAGGUAAUUCAUUAUGUAGUUGGGAUUUAAAAAGUUUGAAGCCAACAUUUAUUGUAUCAUAGGCUCAUAACAACUCGAUUAGAAAAAUAAAAUAUUUGCAUAUCAAUCCUCAAUUCUCACAAAACUUCUUUAGUAACAAUAACACAACGGUAGGUUAACUAGGCAGUCAAGUAUCUUAGACUGGAAGCAUGAAUAGCAUAUUCAUAGAUAUCGAUGAGUAAAUACUUUCCUGUUCUGAUGAUGGAAUUAUUAAAUUGUGGAAGAUAGACACUAAUUUAAAACUCGUUGAAGAACAAAUACUAAAAUAAGGACAACAAGUCUUGGAUUUCACUCUAUUAAAUGGUUGUAUUCUAGUUUCUGCAAAUAAUGAUAAAACUGUAUCAAUAUCAUUACCAUUUUCCAAUAUCAAUCCAUUUUAAUACAUCAACGAUGAUUGUCUUGUCUAUGCUGUUUCCCCAAUCGACUAACUAAUUUCAAAAAAGAAAUAGACAGUCUAAUAAAAGUUUAUUACUGGUAACGAGAAGGGCAUUGCUAAAAUAUUCUAAUGGUAAAAUGGAAGAGCUGUAAUUAUGAAAUAACUAAACUUACACGAAGAUAAAAUUACUAAAAUUUCUAUGUUAUAACCAGGAUUUAUAGCAAGCGUAAGCAACGAUAAAUCAAUAAGUUUAACAUUAAUACAAUAGGCUAAGGUACUUACCAAAAUAGAGAAACAUGAACAUGGAAUUGUCUCAUUUGCUUACCUCAAAGCUAAUGGAUUUAUGAUAACAGCUGAUCAAGGAGGAAAUGCUAUACUUUGGAGAUGAAUAUUAAUUAUUAAAAUAUAUAAAUUGUUCUACUAAAAC